AUGUCUGCACCAUCUAUACCGUCAUGGCCAAAUUAUUCCAAGGCUAGGGUCAGCAAACGCACCAAGAGAUCAAGUUCGGUACCAACGUUGUAUCACGGCAAUCAUCCACCAUAUGAACCUAUCACCACUAAUAUUGAAACUCCACCAGAAUUACAAAACCUACAGCAAAGAGUUAUACAAAGAGUACCCAUACCCAGUAGUGAAUACUUGAAAAGUUCUCAUUUUAAAUUUAAAGAAGGUUCAGAAGUCGCUUCCUUAGAGUUAUUACAAAAAACAAUGAACUAUAUAAAUGAUCCAAGUUUACCAUUAGUUGCAAUAGAUUGUGAAUCUUACGAGUUCGAUCAUGAAAAGAUUACAGAGAUAGGUAUAGCAAUCUUACAAAAAUCAGAUUCAGCGGUGCCACAGAUUGACACGUUCCACAUAAUAAUUGAAGAAAAUAUCCAUAAAAGAAGUCAUAAAUAUGUACCUGACCACAAGGACAAAUAUAUGAAUGGAACAUCAUUUAUAAUGAGUGAAGUAAAUGCAGUAAAAUUUGUAAAUAAGGUAUUUGACAAGUACUUAUUUAAUUUAAGUGGUGUAAUGAUCGGUCAUUCAAUAAGUUCAGAAUAUAAAUAUUUUAAAAAACUAGGUAUAGAUUUACCAAAAGAUUUGAAAACUAUUGAUACUUUAAAAUUACAUGGAAUAAGUAGGUCAAAUGGUGGUUCAUUAUGGGGAUGUUUAAGGUUAUUGAAUAUACCAUAUAGUUUUUUACAUAAUGCUGCAAAUGAUGCUUAUUAUACUUUAUUAGUUGCUUUGUCUUAUAGUGAUCCAAGUAUUAGAAUUUUGAAAAAUUUGGAUGUUUAUGGUACUAGUCCAUUUUUUGGUAAAAAUUCAUCAAAAGAAACCACAAAUUUUGUAAAAGUUAAUGAUAUAAAUUUAAUAGAUAUAUAA